AUGGAGCGUCUGGCGACCUCCCUGCGGCUGCCCAGCAGCGUGCAGGAGCUGGACGAGAGCAGCCCGGCGUUUGCAGGCGCGCCUACCUCUCUUGACGCCUCCCAGCUGGCUGCCUGGCUGCAGCAGGCCAGGCAGCACCCGGUGACGGGGCUGGAGUGGGGCGUGGUGCUGGCAGCAGUCAAGCACGGCUCUACCCAGCUGUGGCAGCAGGCCGGCACCCAGCUCGUGUCUCUGCUGGCCUGGGCUGCACAACGGGCCAGGCUGCUGCUGGAGCCGGGCGGUGCAGCCGGGCAGCAGGCAGCCGUGGCGGCGGCGGCGGCCGAGCAGGAGGCCGCCGCGGCCCUGUCGGAGGUCGACGCCGGCAACCCGCGGCAGCUGCUGGCGCUGCGAAACACGCUCAAGCUGUCCCUCUUCUUCCUGUGCUGCAUAGCCAGGGGCGAGGGCGGCAGCGCUGCAGCCGCACCGGCGCAGCAAGGAGACGCAGGGGCAGCGGUCGCGACCGGCAAGGGUCCUCAGCAGCCGCGGGCCAAAAAGUCGCGCCGGGGAGGAGGCGGCGGCGACGGCGCGGCGGCAGAGGCAGCCGCCUGCGCGGCGGCUCGCCUGAUCAGCAGUGCUCUGCUGGCUGUGAGCGCCAUCGAAGAGGCGAUCUGGGCCAGCCGGGUGCUGCUGCCAGCACUCGGCGACCUGCGAGCGGCGGCGCGCCUGGCGCAGGCCACAGCGCUGCACUGCCUGGCGCACCCCCUGCAUACGGUGGGCAGCUCCAGCAGCUUCAAAGCGCUGGCAGAGUCGUGCCAGCAGGCCAUGUCAGCCAUCCUGUCCCGGCCCUUUGUGGCAGCCGACGAGCGGCGCGCGCACGCCGCCGCCGCCCAGGCGCUCGCCGACGUGCUGGGGCUUGUCAGCGAGCCCAAGCAGAAGGGCCAGGCGCGGCGCUGCGUGCUCGUGCUGUCUGCUGCGGCGCGCCUCGUCGGCGACGUCAUGGAACAGAGCAGCCGGGCAGGGGUGACCAUCGUCGGCCGGCUGGCAGAGGGCAUCCAGCAGGCAGCGGCGGCGAGCACCGGCGGCGGCAGCUCGCGUGCAGCCGCAUCGGCGGCGGCGGCAGCAGUAGCAGGGCAGCGCCUGGAUGCAUGCCUGGGAUUUGCAGCCAUGCUGGCUGGCCCCUGCGGCAGCCCCCAGCUGCAGGCGGCGCUGCUGCUGUGCCUGCCGCAGUGGCUGCCGCAGGCGAGCCACCCGCGCAGCAGCACCCGCCGCCUCGCGCUCGACCUCUGCUCCGCCUUGCUGCCGCGCGCAGGGCAGCUGCCGCAGCGCAACUGUGUGGCGCGGGCCUCUGACAGCGCGGGCCCUGAGCCAGCUCCAGGAGAAGCGGCACCACCGCCGGCGCCUGCACCAGCAGCCAGGCCGCUGUCCACCCACGUGGCGCUGCUGCUUGCUGCCAUCGUCAGACGGCUGAGCGACAGGGAUGCCACUCUGAGAGCCAAGGCCCUGGGUUGCCUGGAGAAGCACGCUGCCCAGCUUGCGGCGCACCUGAGUGCUGCUGAGGGCGGCCAGACGCUGGACCGCCUGCUGCCGGCGCUGAGCAGCAGGCUGUGCGACAAGAGCCCCAGCGUGCGCAAGAAGGGCGCUUCCCUGCUGGCUGCGCUGCUAGGGGCGCGACUGGCGCCAGGCGCCGCCGCCAGGCUGGCCGACGCGGCGCUGCCUGUGGUGGGCAAGCUGCUGAGCGUCAGGCAGGACUCGGCGCUGCAACCCGGGGAGGAGGCAGCCAAGGCGCUGGGCCAGGCUGUGCUGCGCAUGGCUGCCGCCGCCAGCUCAGCGUCCGGCCUGGUGCACCUGCUGCAGCUGUCACGAUGCAUUGGGGAUGCUGGCGCCCGCGCUCAGCUGCAGGCUGCUGUGCUCGGAAUGCUGCUGCCAGCGCCGGCGGCGGCUGCUGCACGGGGCAGCGCAGGGCCGGCAGAGGCUUGCGCUGCAGCUCUGCUGCACAACUUAGCGGCGGCCCUGCAUGGAAGGAGCCGGCAGCAGGUGCAGCAGGCGCUGCAUCGAGCAGCUGCUGCAGUGUUUGUGCUGGGACCGCUGAGCGGCCGGGAUGCGGCGACGGCGGCAGCAGAGGUGGCGUUGCUGGCCGGGGCUGUGCAGCGGAUUGCGGAGGCCCUCAGCCUGGCUCUGCAGCAGCUGGGUGUAGCCGGUGCGCUCAGCAGCAGCCAGGUCAGCAGCUGCGAGCCGGAAGCCCAGGCCGCGCUGCGCCUGCUGCGCUGCCUCACGGCGGCAGCCGGCAGCGGGGUCGCCGACGCGGCAGCUGCUGGCCUGCUGCCACCUGUGGCGCCAGCUCAGCUGCGCAUGGGGGAAGGCGCAGAGGGCCAGCUGCUGCUCAUCACAGCAAUGGGUGGCGCUGGGCCUGAAGUUGUGUCCGGCCAGGCCGGCUCCGGCGGUGGCCCCGCCGCAGAGCCUCCAGCUGCCAGCCUGCAGCAGCAGCACGUGCAGCAGCAGGCCCUGCUGGCGCUGCUGGAGCUGCUGGGUAGCAUGGCUGGAAGCUACGAAGAGAAGCGAGCUGCCUUUCUACAGGAGCUGCAGGCUGGCAGCUGCCAUGGCCAGCAGCAGCGGCAGCAGCAGCAGGCACAGGCCCACAAGAGCAAGGCUGGCCGGCCGCUGCGCCCCGCGGCAGAGUGGUGGGUGGGCGACGCUGCGGGCGGCCAGCAGCUCGAUGCGGCAGCCGUGCCCUCCGCAGCAGCAGCAGCAGCAGGGGAGGCCGCCAAGGGCGACUCUUUGCAGGCCUCGGCUGCUCCAAGUGGCGGCGGCAGCGGCAGCGGAGGGGACUACAUGCAGGCCGAGGACGAGGCGGCCAAGCACGAGGCAGCGGCGCAGCGCUAUCUUGAUUCUCUGCUGGCAGCGGGCGAUGCGCCGCCCGCCUGCUACCUGCCGCUGCUGGAGCGGCUGGCGGCGGCAGAGGCGGCGCCUGCCGCGAUCCAGGCGCGUGCAGCAGCGCUGCGGGCGCUGGGCCGGCUGGCGGUCCUGUCUGAGCCGCUGUGCCGCCGCGCCGCCGCCGUGGCAGAGGGCCGCCUACAGGCGGGUGGCAGUGGCGGCGCAGAGCCGGUGCGAGAGGCGGCAGUGGCGGUGCUGGCAGAUGCAAUAGAUGCCUUCCCCAAUGCCUUCAGCUGCAAGCUUGUGCUGGUGGGGCGGCUGAUGGUUCCCGGCGAGGCGGCGGCGCCGGGCGAGGGAGCGGCGGCUGGCGGAGCUAUGGAGGCAGGGCAGGCAAAGGAAGAGCAGGCAGAGGCAGAGGAUGCUGGCAGGGUCGAGCAGCAGCCUGCAGGGCCGACGGGUGCAGCAGCAGUAGCAGCCGCAGCUGCGUCAGCUGCAGCAGCAGAGCCGGAGGCGCUCAGGGCGGCUGCGGAUGCCUCGGCGGGGCAGCGGCUGGCGCAGGUGGCGGCCGCCGCCUACUGCCGCCUGCUGCUUCGCAACAAGCUCAAGCUGCGGGGCGUGCUGGGGCCGGUGGGAGCGGCCCUGGCAGGCGGCGCCCCUGCCGUCGCCGCCCUGGUGAAGCAUGCCCUGCGGCAGAUGCUGGCGGCGGCGGCGCCAAGGGAGCGUGCCCGCCUCUGCCUGGACCUCUUCCACCAAACCCCGCUGCCCAGCCGACAGCGGCUUGCAGAGGUGCUCGCCGACCCUGCGGCCGGCCUGCUCUCAGAGGCAGACCUUCGCGGCGACUUGCUCACUAGCCAGGCUGUGCAAGCCCUGCUGGCUGCUGCUGGGGCUGCAGCGGGGGGCGCCGAGGCGGAGACUGCGGUGCUUGCGGCAGCCCGCCUGCUGCACCACAUGCACCCUUCCUCCAAGGUUCUGGCAGCGCUGGCUGCGCAGCUGCAGGCUGGUGGCGGCGGCGGCGGCGGCGGCGGAGGUGGUGGAGGAGGACGGGGAGCGGCAAGCCUGCUGGGCAAGCUGCCACCGCAGGCACGCCACGCGCUCAGAGCGUUUGUGGGCAACCACGUGCCGGCAGGGGUGCCGGGGGCCGAUGCGGAGGGUGAUGUGGCGGCGGCGGCGGCAGCAGAUGGCGGCGAGGCCGCCGCAGCCGCGGGGCACAAGCGCAAGCGGGGCAGCAGCGUGGCGCUGCAGCAGCAGCUGCUGCAGCUGCUGGGAGGUGGCGGCGGCGGCGGCGGCGGCGGGCGUGCGGCGAGGCCGCCCCGGCCUGCCACGACAGCGGCCACCGCCGGCACAGCCAGCGGCGGCAGUACGCAGGCCGAGACCGAGCCAGCUGGCAGCGGAAGUGAGGCCACAGGAGCUGCGGCUGCAUCGGUCAGCAGGACGACUCGCGGCGGCAGGCGGCGGCGCAGCCUGGCCAGCAGCGCUGCGUACGGCAGCGCCGGCAGCGCAGGAAUGUCGCCGUAG